AUGGAUCUGUUGAAAACAGCUUUCCUUUUUGGAUUCCUGGCGUAUCUUUUUUACUAUUUAAAGUUUUCAAGGGAUUUACACCAAGCGACAAAAACAAUUAACGGCACGUACGACUAUAUCAUCGUAGGAGCUGGUAGUGCAGGAGCAGUGCUGGCUUCGAGACUCUCUGAAGACCCGGAAGUUACAGUUUUGUUACUCGAGGCGGGUGGUGAUGGGACAGAAAAUGCCGAAUUGUACAACACUCCGUUGAUGGCACCGAUGCUUGCCAAGUCAGCUUCUGACUGGCAAUAUGAGAGUGCACCACACCACAAAUCGGGUGCGUUUAUCAAUAUGAACAAAGAUAAACACUAUUAUACGUCGGGAAAAGUUCUUGGCGGAAGCAGUAUGUACAAUUACAUGCAGUACGUCAGAGGGAGCCGUUAUGAUAACGAUGAAUGGGCAGCAAAUGGCUGCAGUUGGUGGGGUUAUGAUGAUGUGUUGCCCUAUUUUCUGAAGUCUGAAGAUUAUUUAGGUAAAGAAGGUGAUUUCACAAAAUAUCAUCAUAAAGGGGGACCACUUGGUGUGACUGAAGAAACGGUUUUUCCGGAAUUAUUAAAAAGGUUUAUCGAAGCAAGUAAAGAGUUGGGAUAUAAGGAGGUAGAUUAUAAUGCUGAAAGGCACAUUCCAACCAAAUUUGGAAGGCGAAGUGUUAAACUCGACACUUUUAGAAAAUGUUUAUCGCAAAAGGCUGUGCCCGGAAUAUCCUUAGUUGUGAAUCUUCUUCAUCCUAAAAGUCGAGGAAAAGUCACACUGAAAAGUACUGAUCCUUUCGACUAUCCAUUCAUUGAACCCAAUUAUUUUGAAAAAAGAGAAGACAUUGAAACACUAAAAAGAGGCAUAAAGCUUAUAGAAGCGUUAUUUGAAAUCAAAGCUAUGAAACAGAUAGGAACUGAUUCUAACAGAUUUAAGAACGCCGAAUUCUGCGCAAACCAUGUAUAUAGAUCGGAGGAUUUUUAUGAAUGUUUGGUAAAUCAUUUGUCACAAGUACAUUACCACCAGUCAUCUACUUGUAAAAUGGGUCCUGUGAAUGACAAAAGUACUGUUGUCGAUCCCACACUCAAAGUUAAAGGUGUGACCGGACUAAGAGUUGUGGACGCUUCAGUGAUGCCCAAUGCCAUUUCAGGUAACACAUACGCCCCCGUAAUUAUGAUAGCUGAAAAAGCCGCAGAUAUGAUCCGUGGUAUAGAUUCUGUAAAAGACAUCCGGAAACAUCUUGCUAAUAAAAGUAAUAGUUGA